AUGAAUAGUGCUAGUAGUAUAAAUAGAGUAUUACUAAUAAAGGUAUACAUAAUAGUACAGAUACUGCUUAUAAACAGAAUAUACAGUAGACUAAGUAUGGAAGAAAUGAAAGAAUUACAAACAAUGACAAUCAACACUAAAGAAGGUCAAAAAGUAAUAAUAAAUGAACAAGGAACAGGUCACCCCCUGGGAAUGUACAUCCUUAGAGAUAUUGGUGCUGCAUCUAACAUGAGAAAUUACUCAUCAAAGGUGUCCAUGAACUUCGGCAUAGAAAUAGAUAAAACCCACAGUAAAAAUCCAAUUUAUACGUACAUAAGGAACUGUCUAGAAGAUACUGUAUUAAUCACACAGAAUAGUAAAAGUCCAACAGUCCAGUACUUAGAUGACCACUACCAAACAUUCUGUAGAAUGUUCCCAUCUUUAAAUGGAUACUUCGGCAUACGUACGUAUAAAAAAGACUCUUUUUAUGGGUUUCUUGUUAAUAGUAGGGUUAGAAGGAAGGCAUCUUAUAUACUGGCAAUAUUACAAUUAUUAUCAGAAGGAAUGGACAUCCCCAUUUCAUUCACAGGGGAUGAAUUUAAUCAAGUUCUGGUUAUUGAGAAAAUAGGUUAUAAAAAUGGGAUUGCCAUUAAUAUGAGAAUGGAUGACCAUAUAAAUAACAGUGAUAAUGGCACAAUAUAUUAUACAGAAGCAUACGAAAUAAUUAAUUUCUUCAUAAGAAAUAGGAAUAAUAAUAUUAUUAGUAAGAAUGCGUACACAGAGCCAAGUACGUAUGAAGACUUUAAAAAUGGAUAUUUUUUAAACAGUCCACAAUUCCUUAUAAAGAUGUACGUAAGUGAGUAUACUAAGAAUGCCAAGGAGUACUAUAUAAUCAUGAAAACCAUAAAGAAUAUUCUGGUGUAUUAUAUGGAAAGCCGUGAGGAGUGUAAUAAUAAACACUUAGCCAGGGACUUAUACAAUAAGUACUUUAUACAGGUGGAUGAUUCUAGUGAUAAUAAAGCAGGCCUUAUAAGUAUUGCAGAUGAAAUACGGAGUAUAUUUAAUAUGAAGGGGUUAAGGCCGAUUACAUUCCCAUUGAAGUAUACGCCUAUACGGAUAUUCCCGGAUACUUCUGAUAAUAAUACAGUAGAUGACUGGCAAGCAAUGGAUUUAUCACAGGAAUCAGAGAAUAUAACUGAAAAUCCGAGGGAAUUUAUAAAUUACACGGAAACAGCACUUCUUGCAUUAUUCUGUCGAUUUACGUACGAUAUUCAUACAGACAUGCACAAAACAGAUAAAAUACCAAAUCCAUCAAAAAAGCUCAAGUGGUUCUUCACUAGGUACAGGAAUAUGUUUGAAGUAACCACCAGAGACAUCCAUAAUGACUGGAAUAAAGUAGUUUCUGAUUUAAUUGAUACUAAUAUAAUGUACAUGAGAACUGACAAGCAACAACUCUCAUCUGGGUUAUUGAACAUGCUAAGUGUUAUUAUGCACAUAUCAGGAGUGAAUGACCAGGAAAUAACGAAUAAAUUUAAUGAAGUACAACUACUGCAGAGUAAGUCUAGUAGAAACCUGACUAAAAAGAUGAGAAAUCAAGUGAUUAAACUUAUAAAUAACGUAUUCUCUUUGAUUUCCAUGGAUACAGAUAUAAAUGUAUAUGUGGAGGAUACAGCAGACAUGUACAUUAGUGAUACAUCCAAGACAAACAAAGACAUAUUCAUAAGUAAACUGUGCAUAGAUUAUUUUGGAGAAGUGUCCACUGACUCAUUUUAUAUGGCGAUUAAGCCCAGUGGUAUUAUAAUUGAUACAGUACCAAAUACACCACAGGAUAAUUCAGAAUUAAGCAAUAACCAGAAUUAUAAUAAUAUACAAGCAGCCAUUGAUAACCUGCCUGAGUCCUUUAUAAAAUCAAUUCUAUUGCAUUAUUUAAAUAGUGCAUGUAGACAGAACUAUGACAGUAAUUGGGUUAAAGAACAAAUUAGUAUGUGCAAACCCAUUUCUAUGGAAUUACACCUUAUAAACAUAAAUAGAUUAUUCCUUAUGGGGGAUAUACGGGAUAUACCGUAUAAACAAGAACUACUGAAAGCGUACAGUACAGAUGCCAGUAUAUGGAAGACUCCAGGUAAGGAAUGCAUUACUAAAUUUAUAUUAAAUGUGUGCAGUAGUUGUUAUGUCACAAGUAGACAGGAAUUAUUUGAUAUAAGUAAAUGUGAUGGUGCCCAUAAUAAAUCCAUUGAGUAACCCAUAUCUCCAUUAUAAAGCGUAUACAAGUCAUAUUCCACCUAAUUAAAAUUAAUUAUUACUGUGGUAUAAGCUAUAAUACAAUAAAAAUCAGAAUACGUCCAUAAUAUUAUAAGUCAGUGGUAAUAAGUAAUUAGUCGUAUAAUAGUACUUAUAUUGUAUGAUAAGCCUAGCGUAAUAGGAUUAUUAUGAGUUAUGCAAUAUA